UGAAUCAACAUAUUCUUCUACACGACCCUACAAUGGUUCGACUUGCGUUGCUUAUUGCAGCUGCUGUUACGGUAAUUUCAGCCUUACCGGCAGAACUUCCAGAUCCUGGUGAACUUGUGUACGUUUUGGGUGAAGAAGAGUUUGAAGAUUACCUUGACAGGUGGCUUGAAGUUGAAGAAGAAAAAUGGGCAGCUAAUGCUACAGUAGCUGCUCCUCGAAGUGGUUGUACUUUGCGCGUCAAUGGUGAUUUCGGACAGCCUCAACCAGUCUUCAUCCGCCGCAAUACUAAUAACUAUGUUGCAGCAAAUGGAAAUUCUGGUCAAGUUCGUCUCAACGCUGGGGAACAAGUUAUUGUUUCUUGUACAGGGUCCGGUCGUCUCAUUCGACACCCAAACAUUGCUGCCAAUGUUGCUACAGCUACUGCAACUUGUGUGAAUAAUAAUUUAGUGUCAGGUGCUGGAUGGUUGAAUGGUAACAGAGCCUUUGGAGGUCUUACUUGUAGCGCACACUCGUAUCACGAGGCGCAACAAACUAACGAAAGAUGUUUUAAUAACAAUGUUGUUAUUCGGGUUGGCUUCAUAGUCAACAAUGUCUUCUAUCCAAUGUAUUGGUCUUGCUUCGAUAGAAACCGCCUUGAAGUAUUAUAUGUCUGGACACAUCAAACCGCAGCGAAUGCUGUUCACCAAACCGGUGUUGAUCGACCCAGCUGGCUUGCUGGAAGCCAUUUCCCUGGAGUAGCAGUAAACAACCUUUACACGCAAGUAUCCCAAAAACAAGCCAUCGCUAGAGUAGUUGGCAAUGCUUUGGCUGAUCGAUAUGUUACUUCUCACCAAUUCUUAGCACGAGGUCACCUUGUGGCUAAGAGUGACAAAGUUUUUGCAACUGGACAACGCGCCACCUUCUGGUUUAUCAACGCUGCGCCACAAUGGCAGCCAUUCAACGCUGGUAACUGGAACUGGUUGGAACAAAAUCUUCGCGCUCGUAUCGGUGCCGCUGGUUACAACACCGUCGUGUACACUGGAACAUUCGGCGUGACUCAGCUAAGAAAUGCUAACGGACAAUUUGUGGAUAUCUUCCUUGACCCUGCUACUCGCAGACUUCCAGUCCCCUUGUACUUCUAUAAGGUGGUCUACGACGCCUCCCGUCGUCUGGGCACUGCAUUUAUCAGCAUCAACAAUCCUCACUACUCCCUGGCAGAAGCUCGCGCUCUUCAGUUCUGCACGGACCGCUGUCGCAACAAUAAUGCCUUCAACUGGCUCAACUGGCAACCAGACCGCGUUGACAUUGGAUACAGUUUCUGCUGCACAGUCGACGACUUCAGAAGAAGAAUUGGCCAUCUUCCUGCUUUUGCAGUCAAUGGCCUGCUAUCGUAAUAACGAUCGUUUAAAAUUCACGGAUUAAACGUUGUAAAGCAAUAAUAUUUAUAGAUUAUCUGUGAAAUUAAAAAUUAAUUCAUAUCAAUAUAUUACGCAAAAUAUCUACAUCGCGUUUGUUAAUCUUAUCGCAUUAACUUGUAAAUAUUGUAGUAUAUAUGAACUAAUUGUGAUAUUAAUAUAUUGUUGACGCCUUUA